AUGGAGGCUGUCGGGCAGUCCCUUGCUUUGAACAAAGCACCCAACCCAGUGUUAUCAUAUGAUAACGUGGUGACCCAACCGCAGCAAACGGUACCUACUUGUAAACCGGCUUCUGGGAACUGUGGGCUGAGUACUGACGAAAAUCCCUCAAAACAGAUGCUCUCCACGCAGUCCAGAACAUGUGACUUCCCAUACGAACAUUUUGCCCUCAUCUACAUUAACCAAGACGGUGAGGUCAGUCUUGAGACUUCUCCCUCGAUUGGGAAUUCGGGAAAGAGCAUCUUUACCCCAGAGGUUCGUGAGCGGUUUUUGAGAACGGCCACCAUGGGAAGUCAAGCGACUACGACAAAUUUUGCAGGUCCGGCCAGCCCGGUCAGAAAUGAAGCAUGCGAGAAACAAUCUCCAGUCCUAGACCAAUCAUAUAGGUCCUCAGAAACCGCAAUUUGGAGUCAACCUGGCGUCGCACCGCCAACACAACUCAUCCCAUGUGACUGGCAAUUCCAUCAAAACAAGCGACAGAAACGGAGUGCGAAACGUCUGGACCAACGAGUCGUUUAUCAGACAAUGCCCGCAGAUGUGGACUAUGAUAUGGCGCCUCUGAGCCCGCCCAUCCGCCGAACAGCUAUUCGGGUGGGCGAUGAGCCUCGGAUGCGGAAAUACUAUGAGAAAGCCUUCGAAGCUUUCCAGCAACUGAACUGUCGGGUAAUUGCAAAGGCUUUCAUCAAGCUCGUUGAGCCCCGCAAGCAGGUAAACCAUCCGUACAAUGGUCGCAAAUCGGCCUCAGGGUCUUCGCCUGAACAGCGAGUCGACCCCGAACUCACGAAACCCAAAUGGUGGCCAUCGGGUGUCACGCACAAAGAACCUGAUCAUCUGCUCAAAGCAGGUAGGGACAUUCGAGGUGACGACAACGUAGAAAAGAAACUCAUGCUGAUGACCGAGGCAGAGCGAAUCCGACUCCUGAUUCACAUUCUCCGAGAACUCCGGGAGAGCCACGGAAUCACUGCGGAAAAGCUCCGAGAAGCCGGUCAAGAUGUGAGGCGCCAGAUCACCCCGGCAGAGAGACUGAAAGUCUUGGAUGAGAUCUAUACCGUUCGACAAGCCGAAGAAAGGUAUUUGAGUGGAGAGAUCUCCAAGGACACCCUGAUCCAUAUUUCUCAAGUGCAAUUGUCCGAUCCCGAAUUCGAGAUUGACAACAACGAUCAAGGCACCCACGACGCAUCCAUUGCUUUUGGGGGCAGCAGAGUGGAGGGAGCAGCGUGGCUCCCAGAGGGGACAUCGCAGGAAGGAGGCCGGGGCGAUGGCGCUCCUUCCGCCAGCAGCAUCAGCAUCAGCAGCAGCAACGCGCUUGCCGUUCCCGUCACGCCGACGACGACAACCCCCGACCGGCAAUGCGUGACCUACAGCCAGGUUCAAGACUUCUGCGGUAUCCCAACGAGCAAAGCCAGCUCCUUCGAUGGAUACGACAGUGCUGUGCACUCCGCAGUUGUCUCUCCCGAUGUGUCCGGCCGACCCUGUCUCCCGAGUUAUCUGAACCAGCAAAUCCUCGUGUCGCCUGCUGCAUCGGCUGCGCCGCCGGUCUUUUGGGAUCCGUCUGUCCACACGGCGGCCCCCGUGUACCAGCAGACUUACUAA